AUGUUCGAUUAUCUGCCAUCGCUGACUGCGGCCGGUUCCAACCAGGCUGAAGAUGAGCUUACACGAUACCUUGCCGCCCCUCCCGAGCCUGUGAAGGAUGCGCUUUCGUGGUGGACAGAGCGCGCUCACCUCUAUCCCACUCUCGCUCGCAUGGCCCUUGAUUACCUGUCGAUCCCAGCUACUUCCGUGGACGUCGAGAGGACGUUCAGCCGCGGCCGGCUCCUCCUCAGCCACGUCCGCAACCGGCUCAGUGCGCAGAGCACUCGCGCGGUUAUGUGCUUGGGUGACUGGGUCCGGUGGGACCUGGUUCGCACACACGACAUCCGCGCGGUUGCCAACUUUGCGGAGGUUGAGGAGGGUCAAGGUGUCGGUGAUGACUAUGAGAUGACCACGGGCUGGGAUCGUAUCGGCGCAGUCCUCGAGUCCACGUAG